CGGCUCGAAAAGAUGGACCAAGCUUUUGACUCGCCGUGACAAAUCUACAGCAGUCAAAAAACCAGUCGUUGCUCUCAGUCUCUCUUCUUGCUUUCUUCCCUUCCCGGACCGAUCAAAUCUGCAUCGUCGUAGAAAGCCUUGGCAUUGUCGUCGCCUGAUCUCCGUUUGUCGGAGAAUGGUGAGCUUAGCUGCUGAGUUGGGUUUGAUUUGAUUCGUUUCCCCCCUCUCUCUCUCUCCCCCUCUCUAGAACUUCUGAUUGAAGAGGGUAGAAAUGGAGUUUACCGAGGCUUACAAGCAAACCGGUCCGUGCUGCUUCUCUCCCAACUCCAGAUACGUCGCCGCCGCCGUCGAUUACCGGCUGGUGAUUCGUGACACCUUCUCGUUUAAGGUUGUGCAGUUGUUUUCGUGCUUGGAUAAGAUCAGUUUCAUAGAAUGGGCUCUUGAUUCUGAGUACAUACUCUGCGGCUUGUAUAAAAGGCCUAUGAUUCAGGCAUGGUCCUUGACCCAACCAGAGUGGACAUGUAAGAUAGAUGAAGGUCCGGCUGGUAUAGCUUAUGCUAGAUGGAGCCCGGAUAGCCGCCACAUUCUUACCACCUCCGAGUUUCAACUGCGGUUAACGGUGUGGUCCCUACUGAACACAGCUUGUGUUCAUGUGCAGUGGCCAAAGCAUGGAUCUAGGGGAGUUUGUUUCACCAAAGAUGGGAAAUUUGCUGCUAUCUGUACUAGGCGCGAUUGCAAGGACUAUGUCAAUCUUCUGUCUUGUCAUUCGUGGGAGAUAAUGGGCACUUUUGCUGUGGAUACGGUAGAUUUGGCUGAUAUUGAAUACUCGCCUGAUGAUAGUGCUUUAGUGAUCUGGGAUUCUCCUCUUGAAUAUAAGGUUCUCAUCUACUCCCCAGAUGGUCGGUGUCUGUUCAAGUAUCAGGCAUAUGAGAGUGGACUAGGGGUGAAAAGUGUUUCCUGGUCUCCUUGUGGCCAGUUUUUAGCUGUAGGUAGUUAUGAUCAAAUGUUGCGGGUCCUAAAUCACCUUACCUGGAAAACAUUUGCUGAAUUUAUGCAUCUCUCUACCGUUCGUGCUCCUUGUUGUGCUGCUGUCUUCAAGGAGGUGGAUGAGCCUUUGCAUCUUGGCAUGUCUGAAUUAAGCUUAAGCGAGGAAUUUCUCCAAGGCAAUUCUGAUGCUGCAGAAGAACCCUACAGAGUUAGAUACGAGAUUAUGGAAGUGCCUAUUUCUCUGCCUUUCCAAAAGCCUCAGGCUGACAAGCCAAAUCCCAAGCAAGGAAUCGGUGUCAUGUCAUGGAGCAACGACAGCCAGUAUAUCUAUACCCGAAACGACAGCAUGCCGACGGCACUCUGGAUAUGGGACAUCCAUCACCUCGAGCUAGCUGCUAUCUUGGUGCAGAAGGACCCAAUAAGAGCUGCAGCGUGGGACCCGACAUGCACCCGUCUCGUUCUCUGCACAGGUAGCUCUCACUUGUACAUAUGGUCCCCUGCUGGGGCAUACUGUGUGAGCAAUCCCCUCCCUCAGUUCUCCAUAACUGAUCUGAAAUGGAACUCCGACGGAAGUUGCCUUCUACUCAAGGACAGAGACUCGUUUUGUUGUGCUGCAAUGCCUUUGUUGCCGGAAUCCAGUGAAUAUAGCUCUGAUGAAUGAUGGCAAAUACCUAUGCCAUCAAUGAGAAACCAAAGCAGUUGUAGCUGUCAUCGAAACGUUUUAUGUAUGUUGGAUUACUCCCACCAGCUGUUGUAAUCGAGAGUAGAAUGCCCCAGACUCAUGAUUUGUUGUAAAAACUAACUGUUGGUAACAUCUCGUAGUAGCAAUUUUAUGUUUUCGUUCUAAACAAUUAAUAGAAGCCGCCGGCCUGAGUGAUAUGCCAAAAGCUAGCAAUUGUAGAGAUGCAACAAUGCUUGUGGUUGUAGCAAAAUCUAGAUCUUUGGAAUGUAUUAUAGGAGAAGGUUUAUUUAGUUCAUGAGUUCAAGUUCAUAUGGUACGAGAUGAAGAUAGGAGAUAAAAUGGAGGACAUUGG